UGUGUGUGUGUGUGUGUGUGUGUGUGUGUGUGUGUGUGUGUGUGUAUGUGUGUGUGUGCAUGUUCUCCAAGGGGAGGUUGUAGUUUAGAAAGGGCACUGAGCAAACACUUCUCCUGGCAUGGUUAUCUGAAACUCGUGAUUUGACUGGAAACAAAACCAUACUUCACAGAGCAAGGGCAUGGAUAAUACCGAAGACAUAAAUGAUGAAGACCUUCUGGACUAUGAUAUUCAGAUGAAUAUUCAGGAAUCCUGCCAAAAUUCAGCCUGCUCAGAGAGCUCUAGUUGUGAAAACCUCAAAAUUCUGGAUGCCAUAGAUCGAGGAGACCUGUUCUUGCUCCAAGAGCUUUCUGAUGUCCCAGCAGCCUUCACAGAGGUGGACAGCAGAGGAUGGUUUCCCCUCCACAAGGCUGCGGUCCAGCCAUCACCUCAGGUUCUGGAGCUGGUUCUCCAUGCUUCAUAUAGGUUAAACCUGGAAGAGAGGACCAUGGAUGGGGAAACGGCUCUGAUUCUGGCCACACAAGCAGCUCUGGUGAACAAUGUGAGGAUGAUGCUGGUGCAGGGAGCCUCUCCAGACAGAACCAAUGACAAGAAUGAAUCCCCGCUUUUGCUUGCUGUAAGAAUGGAUUUGUUUGACGUCGCUGUGACACUGAUCUCCAGGGGAGCUUCAGUGAAUCAGCACUGCCUGAAGAAGUGGACCGCAGUGCACGAGGCUGCCAAGGUGGGCUGCACAGACAUCCUCCAACUUCUCCUAGCGCACGGGGGGAACCUCUCAGAGACUGACCAGCACGGAGUCACUCCCAUGGCUGUUGCAGCAGAGUACGGUCAGACGGAGGUUCUAGAGAUACUCAUUCAGAAUGGUGGCGAUGUCAAUGCAAGGGCUCCUAAUGGGGACACUGUGCUGUAUGAUGCUGCUGGAUCAGGCAAUCCUGACUGCAUUGACCUUCUCCUUCAACAUGGAGCUAAUCCAAAUAUUGCAAGUCUCUCUUUACAGCUCCCCAUCCAUCGAGCUGCCUAUGAAGGACAUUACCUGGCACUUCGCAUUUUCAUCCCCAUCACGACCCGGAAGGCCCUGAGGCUCUCAGGCCAGAGUCCCGUCCACUCUGCUGCAGACGGCGGCCAUGUCCAAUGUUUAGAACUUCUGGUGCGAAAGGGCUUUAAUGUGAAUGCCCCCUUGGGCACACACAUAUCAGAGAACUAUGGUGACCUGCGGCGGAGUGCCCUGUUCUUUGCCAUCUCUAACGGGGAUGUCACCUGCUCAGAGAUGCUACUGAAUGCUGGAGCCAAGCCUGACCUCGACCCCCUGAGCUGUCUCCUAGUAGCUGUACGGGCUGGGAGGUAUGAGAUCGUGAAACUGCUGUUGGCCAAGCAGGCUGAUGUGAACUGCUACUUGACUGUGUUCAGUGACACGGUCUUCCCUACUGCUCUGCAAUACUGCCUUAGAGAUGAGAUAAUGAUGCGACUUCUGCUCAACAAUGGCUACAAGGCAGAUAAGUGCUUCAGCUGUCAUCAUGAUAGUACGUGGGGAUCUGAUGGUGAAGAUGCAGACUGCCGCCCUGGCAGGAAGAUCCCUUUUUGUGACUUCAUCAGUGUGUCCUGGCUUCAGGCAGGAAGAGCCGUGAGAAUGCUACUGGAUUAUGUCAGGCAUGUCUGCAUCUGCUCCAAGCUUAAACUGAUCUUGGAGAAUCACAAAGAAUGGCCAGAAAUAUGCCAUAUUCUGGGAAACCCACGAUCGCUCAGUCACCUCUGUAGGCUUGCAAUCAGAUCUCCAAUGACUCCCCAGAGGCUUGCUGACCCAAAGACUAUGGAUUUAUUGUUGCUCCCUCAAAGACUCAAGGACUAUGUCAUGUACAAAGAGCAUGAUCUCUAUUAUGAUAUAAUAUGCUCCAAUGAGUCAAAUUAAUUUUGUCAUAUAGCAUUUUUCCUGUUGUAGCGUUAUGUACUGUUAUGUAUUGUUUCCGUUUAUUGUCAUGAUUUGCCUGAUGUCUUAACAUAGAAUUUACUUGACAAAGCACCAAGAUAUGAGAAGCAGGUAUUUGUCUCUCUCCAUUGCUGGUUUUAGAAAUGGCAAACACCCUAUGGACUUAUUCAUACGUGUCAUUAUGAUAACCAGUUAAUAAGUUAAUAAACAGAACAUCAUUGUUUAGUCAUCGUGAACUUUAGACCACAUCUCACUGCUACACCACAAUGACUGAAAUAAGUGGAAGAGUUGCCAUGUUUAUGUUUCUUUUUUUG